AUGUCAUUUAUGGAUUCAUCCGCCUCAACGUCGCAACAAGGGUGUAAUAAUCAGAUGAACUUUGAUUCAACUACAACUGAAUUUGGUGCAAUUUGUGAAAAUGAAUCUGAAUUACUGAUGAACUCAAGUAGAGUGGCGAAAUUCCCAAAAUCCACAUUAAAUGACAACAACGAUACAAGACAUGUGAAUCUGUGCUUUGAUUACAACAAAUGUUUUGCCAAUACAUUUCAAUACAGUGGAAAUAAUUUUGGUUACAACGGUGGAAAUGCAUAUGGAUUGAGUACGACAACAAAUGAAUCAUUCAAUACCGCCGAUCCGUAUGGUUAUAGUUUCAAUGAAGAAUCACAUGAGCUGCAAAAUCAAACGGCUGAGGUUGAUUCUGGUGUCAACGAUGAACCAUCUCCGAAAUAUCGAAAGGAGCGCACUGCGUUCACAAAGGAACAAAUCAGAGAACUUGAAGCAGAGUUUGAUCAGUCGAAUUACUUGACGCGCCUUCGACGCUAUGAAAUUGCUGUUGCGCUUGAUUUAACCGAACGCCAAGUCAAAGUUUGGUUUCAAAAUCGUCGUAUGAAGAACAAGCGUAUAAAUUCACCUAUUGAUUAAUCUUACCUCGGGCUGGAAUUUUCAAACUUGCGUACGUUAAUACUCGGGAAAAAUCGGUGCAAAUUUCGAGCUAGAGAAAAACCAUUUUACCAUGCGAUUGUUUUACUUCAAUAAAUCACGAGCAAUAUAGU